AUGAUAAUGACGCCAUCAAAGAAAUACGCCCGCCUCAUCAUCCCAUGGGAAGGGACAAAACAAAAGCUCGAGCAAGAGGAAAAGGAAAAGCAACAUCGUCAAAUUCGAUAUUCGCUGUUAAUGAAAGAAGUGAGACACGUCGACCCCGAAGAUCAGGAGGCGGCUAAAGCGGUGAAGGAGUCGAUUCACGAAAAAUAUAAGUUAAACAGCAAAUGGAAUUUCGAUGUUAGGUAA